AUGAGCGUGCCAUCGAAGAAAUCGAAAGAGCAGGUAGACCCCCUGCUGAAGCUGAAGGAGGAAAGGGAGAAAUUAAUUCAGUGGUCCCAGAAGUUAAAGAAUAAUAACUCGUCUUUUUUAAAUUCUGAGAAGUUGGAUGAGGAAAGGAAGUACUCAAGUGAUGACUCGCUGGAGGUGGGGGGUUCCGAUGCCCAGGUUCGUAAGGGGGAAAUGAAGAAAGCUAGGUGGAGCGCCAAUGCAGGUAAAGAAUUGGAUAAUUUCCUGGAUGGUGCGUCCUCACAGGAGGCUGAUGAUGACGAAAAUGGCACAACUGUCGGUAAGGGUAACGUAUCCUAUCGUGAUGAUGACUACCACAGCGUGAGUGCAAAUCAGCGAGCGAACAAAGACAAAAUAACCCUAAGGGGAAGUACAGAUAACGUGAGCAACUUCAACGCACUGGUGAGGGACAGCAUGUUGGGAGAGGAACACCCACUAAGGGAGGGACGUAAAAAUAUGCUGUCCAACUUGGGAAAGAAUAACAACAAGAAAAGCAGAAUAGACACAUAUGGAAGCGGAUCAAGUUAUGGACGAGAAAGCCAAGAUGAGGAAUACUCAGAUGGACCAAAGUACGCAAACAAGAAUCACCGUGGGGAUAAACAUCAAAGCAACAAAUUUGAGGAACCAAUCAGUGACGACAGUUCGGAAGGUUCCAUUGGACCAAAGUCGUCCCACAAUAAAAUUAGCAAAAGGGUAAGUUAUGAAUACGAUAAUUUCUCACCCACUGUAUAUACUGAGGAAAAUUUUUUUAAAAUUCCAAUGAGAGAAGAAGGAAAAAACUCAGGAGUAGCUGUCCCCAAUGAGGUGCAAAAUAAAAAGGGCGGAGGGAACCCCCAUGGUGAUAACACCUUUCCGAAUAUGAACACUGCUAACCAGAAGAGGAGAAUAAAAUUAACGAGGAAGGUGAAAACAAAAGAAGUAAGAAGCAGCCCCAACUAUUUUUUAAAUUCAAGUGAUCAUAAGCUAGGUGCUAAUUUUCUGUCUGGCGUGCAGUUUGAAAAGAACCACGCCGGUUACGAUGCAAACCAUAACAGAGGCAGCCAUUCGAGAAACCCUUCGCAUUGCAAAUCAUCCAACGAAAGCGUGCAGACCUUCUUGCCAGGUGCAUCCCCAAUUCACGCGAGGGACAAUUUCUCCUCCACGACGCUACAAUCUAAUAGUAAUGAAGACAUACCCAUACCCAGCGGUGGAAAACCAAAUGGGGCCAAACUGAAAUAUAAGAAAUGUAAUAAGCUAUCCACCCUGUUAGAGGAAAAGGUGCACAUUUUGGAACACAAGAAGGAGUUACUAAAUGACAAAAUUAAGGACCUACAUGAUAAUACCUACACCCUGAUGGACGCACAAGAAAGGGAUAACCUAACUAUUCAGCAUUACGAAUUAAUUAUAAAAAACUUGGAGUCCAAAUAUAACAAACUUUUUAAUAUGUAUCAGGAGCUGGAUGAGCACCGAAUUUCCUAUGUAGAUGCCUAUCGUGAAAAACAGACGAAAAUUGAAAACCUCUGUGCAAUUAUGCAAAUAAAAAGUGAAGAGAGCUUAAAAUUAACACAAGAAAUGAAUCUUUUAAAAAAAAAAAAUGAAGAAAUACAGGGACAAAUUUAUGAGUACAUAAAAGAUAUAGAAGAUAAAGAAGUUGUGUUAAAUAAAAAAAAGGAAGAAUGUGUGAAUUUGAAAAAUGCCCUCGAAAAAGCCAACUCGGAAAAUGCCGACUUAACGUGCAAACUAAACGAGAUGAGCACCCAGUUAGAGGAAUCGCAGAACCAAAACAAAAUUUUGCAGGAGGAAAAUGAGAACAUAAAACAUAAGUACAAAACUAUGAGCAAAAGUGGAGAUACCACCACCAAUUUUUUCAUUCCCAAGAUAGAAAAUUUGCUAGACAUAAUUAACAAACUGCUGGAAAUUUUCAAAUCCAAUGAGGAAAAUAUUUUAAAUUAUGCUGAUUUUUUUAAGGAAAACUCUUCCUCUAUUCAGGAGAAGUUAGCAGACAAUGACAACCUAUGUGACGAUGUCAUUGGUUUGCUAGACGUCAAUUUGGUGAACUCCCUUGUGGGUUCCUUCAAGCAAAGAGAAAAGGAAUACACUGAACAGAAAGAAAAAAUGGAAAUAAUUUUCGAUGACCAAAUUUUGAAAAUGUACGAAACGAAUAUUAACAAUGUGGAAGUUGCCAAUAAAUACAUCGGGGAGUUGAAAAAUAAACUCAUGUCCGUCCUUUUGCAAAGAAAUAAUUUGAAGAAAAAAGCGCUACUCUUUUCUACUGCACAAGGAAGAUUAAACGAUAAACCAAUAAUUAAAGAGCUCAAAAAAAUGAACGCCGGGAUGUUGCUUCACAAGUGCAAAUAUCACUCCUUCACGCACAAACCGGUACCCGUUUUCGUGAAAAUUAUGGACGGCCGCUUUAUCACCUGGACCAGGGACGUUAAGGGGAAGGCGGGCUUCAAGAGGAGGAAGCUCAUCGACAUCCAGGACGUGACCUCCAUAGACUACGGACUGAACAGCACGCCCGUCUACUGGCUAAUCGAAAAGCACAACAAAAAGAAACUCGAGAAAAAAAAAAUAAAACCAAGCGAAUUUUACAAUAACGCACACGGAAUACACCCCUGUAAGUGCUUCACAUUGCGCACCCGAGAAAGGACGUAUGAUUUUUUCUCCAACGAUGAAGAAGCGAUCGCCACGUGGGUUGUUGGACUUGGCGUGCUAUGCUACCAGUACAACAAGUCUGCCAACAUACAAUCGCGGUCCGAAUUUGUUGUAAAAAAGGCUCAGCUGAAAUUGCAGCUCCACUGUCUUCAGCGGAACAUAAAUUACACUACUCUCUGGAAGGAGGCCAUCACACGCACGCAGGAGCAACUGCCGGAGUGA